UUUAUUGAUGAUCCGAGUUUUUUCGUAAAAAUUUUAAUCAUUUCGUGCAGAAAGUUUUUCAUCAAAAAGUGGUGUAUUUUCAUAGUUUUUCGAUAUUUAAAAAGUGAAAAUAUGAUGUUUGAAUUUGGGACGUGUUAUGUCAGUUAAAAACGGUUAAAAAUGUUAUAUGUAGCCUACAGUAGUAAUUAAUCAAAGGAUGCAAUCUUGGACACAUCGCUGUAAACAAGUCAAAACAAAGAAAAAGUUCAACCAAAAUUGCAUCCCAUCAGGAAGCAGUAGCUGCUGCUGCUGCAAGUGUUUGCAUUAGGAAGUGCAGCAGUGGCGUUGUUGUCACGGAACGGCUCGUAACAAUCCCGCAAACGCUCGGGACGAAGUUGGCGUGAAUGUGUAGCGCUUGUUUGGUUUUGGUAGGAGUGACUGCAUACCAUCUCCAAUGGCGCAAUCAUUCAGCUGGUACCAUCACAAUUACCUUGGACCGACCAAAACCGAGGACCAACUGAAGGCCAAAUCGGUUCCGCUGUGUUCGGUGAACGAUGUGCAGUUGCGGUUUCUCUGUCCAGAUGAUUUGGAGGAAGUGCGAACACUAUGCCAGGACUGGUUCCCCAUCGAUUACCCACUGUCGUGGUACGAGGACAUCACAUCCAGUACACGGUUCUUUGCGUUGGCUGCGGUGUACAACCUGACGAUCAUUGGUUUGAUUGUGGCUGAGAUAAAACCCUUCAGCAAGCUGAACAAAGAGGAUCGAGGCAUCCUGUCGGAGUCGAUGGGUCGCGACGCCGACGUCGGCUACAUCCUAUCGCUGGGCGUACACCGUAAGUAUCGUCAGAACGGUAUCGGAUCGCUACUGCUGGAUUCGCUCAUCAACCACCUAACAACGGCCGAGCGCCAUAAAGUGAAGGCCAUAUUCUUGCAUGUGUUAACUACAAACCAAACCGCCAUACUUUUCUACGAACGAAGAGGAUUCGUUCUCCACUCGUUCCUGCCUUACUAUUACUCGAUUCGGGGGAAGUGCAAAGAUGGCUUCACGUACGUCUCGUACCUCAACGGAGGCCACUCACCGUGGACGUUAUAUGAUCAUCUGAAGUACUGGUGCUCAGUGGUGGUCACAGCAGGAGGGCUCUGCUCCUGGCUUAGCGGACGCAUCCGGAGCGCAUUUCGUUGGGUUUGCUACCGUACCAUAUCGAGGUUUACGUUUACGCAGGACAACUAGAGCACAGCAGCAGUAUCCUCCAGUGUUUUCCCGGUGAUUCGUUAUAGUCAAAUAUUUAAGUUCGGUAAGCACAAAUUUUAAAUUAAGACAGAUGAUCAAAUGACACGGUGCGCCAGCUGUUACAAAUAGCGCCACGAUUUUUUUAACUAUCACAGGUUUAGUAAUAAGAAGCUAGUUAUUGUAAUUGUUGACCAAGGAUUAUUUAUUUUCCCGGAGAAAAUACGAGAUGUACAUUUGA